GGUGCGCGUCCCAGGCCGCGUGCGCAUCGAAGCGGCGCCGGCAGUCGGCGCAGAUGAAGGACACGGGGCCCGCGAACAGGCUCGGGAUUGUGCUGUGGAGGAGGGGCGAGGGCGGGUCCGCGUCGCUGUGGAGUACGGGCGAGGGCGGGUCGGUGUCGCUGUGCAGCACCGGCGAGGGCGGGUCGGCGGUGUCGUCGUCGCUCAUGCUGGAGAACCAGAGGUGAUGAGAGCAAUUAGAGAGUGAUGAUGAUAGGCGUGGGACUUCAUGUG